AUGGGACGCAUCUUUGUCGGCUUGGUGCAAUGCGGUGCGUGGGGCUGCUUCGACGAGUUCAACCGUCUCGAGCAGACUGUGCUUUCCGCCGUUUCGCAACAUAUUCAAGCCAUACAGGAUGCGAUCCACCACCGUUCCCCAUCCGUGACGCUUGGCCAGUAUACAGCCCGCGUCGAUCCCAAUUCCGCCAUCUUCAUCACACUCAACCCGGCCGGCAAGGGAUACGGCGGUCGCCAAAAGAUGCCGGACAACUUGAAGCAGCUCUUCCGGCCGGUGGUGAUGUCCGUUCCGGAUAAUGAACUCAUUGCCGAGACGCUCCUCUUUGCCGAAGGGUUCCGCGAGGCGAAACCAUUGGCUAGGAAAACGCUCCAUGAGCAGCUACGGCAACGUAUUGGUGUUGUCGUAGUUGGCCCAUCCCAAAGUGGAAAAUCCACACUUUGGCGUGUCCUCAAACGAGCGUUGAUCAUCAGCGGCCAACGGCUCGCCUGCUACGAGUUGAAUCCAAAAGCCACAAGCCGCACAAGACUGCUUGGCCACAUGGAUAUGGAUACACGAGAAUGGACCGAUGGAAUAAUCACCAUGGCCGCCAGGAAUGUUAUUAAGGAUACACAGGUUCACACAUGGAUCGUCUGUGAUGGUGACAUCGACCCGGAAUGGGUAGAAGCCCUGAAUUCUGUCCUGGACGACAAUCGCCUUCUGACGAUGCCCUCUGGAGAGCGCAUCCAGUUUGGCGCCAAUGUCAAUUUCCUCUUCGAGACCCAUCAUCUACAAUUCGCCUCCCCGGCUACGGUAUCGAGACUGGGAAUGUUACUAACCAGCGAAGAAGACGUGAGCCCUCGUGAUGUCGUGGAAAAAUGGAGACAGACGACGGCUGGCAUACGGUUACCUCCAAUCGCUUUGACACAAAAUGGGCUCUCGCUGCUUGGAGGCGUGCGGUCAAAACCCGAAUUUCUCGUCGCACUGUAUCGAGGGUUUGCAGGCUCGGUGCCGCUGGACGCUCGAAAAGAGCUGGCCGCCGCGGUGUUUGAGGAAGAUACGGGGCAAGGAUUGACGAGGGAACAAGUUGAGGGGCUAGGUCAAGCUCCACCUCUCGUCUUGACACCCGAUGCCCAGGCUACCACCUCGCUUAUACAGGCAUGGCUGACCGACGCGAGCCACCCAUCAAUCUGUGUGGUCGGACCGGAAGGGAGCGGAAAAGCGAGUCUGAUGCAGAACAGUCUCCAGACCCUCCCUCUAUCCAGAACGGCUACACUAUCAUGCUCUGCACAAACCUCAGCACAUACCUUACUUCAUAUCCUUCAUCAGCACACUGUUCAGGUGUCCGGUGCUGGUGGCCGUGUACUGCGCCCAAAAGACGGUGGUGGCCAGUUGAUCGUUCUCCUUCGAGGUCUCAAUCAAACCUCCCCAGAUCGCUAUGGGACCUCACAACUUCAUGCUCUCCUCCAGCAACUCCUCACCUACCACGGAUUCUUUGAUGAUGCUCUCGAGUGGAUCGGUUUGGAGGGGAUUCAAUUCGUCGUCACCAUGGCGUUGGAAGGGGCUGGAAGAAACGCUGAU